AUGCACACGAAUGUCUGGUUAACAUUGAAGUGGCACGACUUCCAAAUGCGAUGGAAUCCAGUGAAUUAUGGCGAGAUAAAAGAGAUGCGGGUGGCACCUGAUAAAGUCUGGUUACCUGAUAUUGUCUUGUUUAACAACGCCGAUGGUAAUUAUGAGGUGUCGUUCAUGUGUAACGUCGUUAUAAAUUAUCACGGCGAUAUGUUAUGGGUACCGCCGGCCAUCUACAAAAGUUCGUGCAUCAUCGACGUGGAAUUUUUCCCUUUCGACGAGCAAGUAUGCACGCUAGUUUUCGGAUCGUGGACGUACAACGAAAGCGAGAUCAAACUCGAGUUCGAACAAGCCGAAUGGGUGGAUCUGUCCGAGUAUGCGCCAUCCUCCAUUUGGGAUUUGAUGGAUGCGCCGGCAUCACUGGUGAAUAAACGCAGUCGUAUCGAAUUUCAAGUGAGAAUCAGGCGUAAAACGCUGUUCUACACUAUCGUCCUGAUCAUUCCCACCGUACUGAUGGCGUUUUUGAGCAUGGCCGUGUUUUUCCUGCCAACUGACUCAGAUGCCGCAAAGAUCUACUGUAUAAUUCUUAGGUACCUCUUGCUUACGUUCGUGCUCAACGUGAUCACUAUUCUGGUAACAGUCAUCAUUAUCAAUGUGUACUUCCGUAGUCCAACAACACAUCGGAUGCCAGCAUGGGUACGCACUCUGUUCCUAGAGUGGAUGCCAUGCGUUAUGUGUAUGCAACGGCCAAAAUCCGCUUCUCGAAAGCUCAUGGACAGCCAGCAUAAACGAGGAGUCGCUCAGCUGCCCGGUAUCGGACAGUUCACCUUCAAUCCAGCUACUCAUCAUCCGUUUUGUCCCAGUGCUGACGAAAGGACCACUGUCACAACUAAGGCACUGAAUUCUUCAAUUGAAAUCCUCCGCGAUCCUGUCACAUCGGUGUUUCACCCUUUAACACCUGAUGCCCUACUGGCUAUUGAUGCCAUCGAAUACAUAACAGAUCACCUCAAAAAGGUCGAAGAGUUCAAAAUGGGCGGUACAUGUGGCAUACUAUUCAGUGCACCAUAUGUCUUCCAAGGUAAGAAAUGCAGUUUAAAGAAUUAUUAG